AGGGAGGGUGUCCGCUCGCCUCGCUCCACGCAGCUUCAAUAAGCUCCCUGAGGUCGGGAGGCUCCAUGGAAAAUUACCUUCUGACCAAGAGCGGGGGUCAGGACGGGUAGAGUCAGCCUCCCCCCGUCCCGCGGAGAAGCAGCGGCAGAAGAAGAAGAAGAAGAAGCAGAAGAAGAAGCAGCGGCAGCGGCAGAGGGAGGAUGCCGCCGCGUGCGACCGGCUGAUCAGAGGGCGACCGAGGUCGGACGGGCCAUGGAGAAACUGAAAGGUCCCGUCGGGGGAUGCACCAUGGCCACCUGUGGAUGGAGAGCCCUGCUCCUGCCGCAGCUGAACCGACAGUCUCUGUACUUGUACGGCAGCGAGGUGGCCGUGGAGCAGGAGUGCCUCCGACAGCUGCAGAGCGGAGUCUUUGUCAUUCACCCUUUCAGCCUCAUGAGGAGUUACUACAUCAUGUGCAUGAUGGCCAUCACGUUCCUGAACCUGAUCGGGAUCCCCAUGGAGAUCGCCUUCCUGGACGGGACGAGCGGCCUGGCGUGGGAGGGCUUCAACGUGUUCUCCGACACGCUGUUCCUGAUCGACGUGGCCCUGAACUUCCGCAUGGGCAUCAUCGCCGAGGACAGCGAGGAAGCUAUUCUGGACAUCAAGCGGAUCCGGCUCAGUUACCUCAGGACAUGGUUCAUACCGGACGUCAUCGCCGCCUUCCCGAUCGGCUACAUUCUGCUGUUUGCGGACUUGCACUACCACAACGACGACAACCCGUCCAAGACCAACAAGAUGAUGCGGAUACUGAUGUUCGUGCGGAUCCUCAGCUUGAUCCGACUCGCUCGAGUGUCCCGGCUCGUCCGCUUCUUCAACGAGGUGGAGAAAGUGUCGAACGCAAACCUGGAGGUGGUCCGCCUCUUCUUCCGCAUCCUGUCUCUGUUCAUGAUGAUUUUCCUGCUGUGUCACUGGAACGGCUGCAUCCAGUACUUUGUGCCCAUGCUGGAGGAGUUCCCCUCCGACUGCUGGGUCCGCAAGGAAAACCUGAUGAAUGCCACAGUGAUCGUGAAGUACUCCUGGGGAGUUUUCCGAGCUCUCUCCCAGAUGAUCGCUCUCUCGUAUGGCUCCAUGGACGCCCCAACGAAUUAUGUGGAGAUGUGGAUCGUCAUGGUCAGCAUGGUGUCCGGCUGUCUGAUGUACACCGUCCUCGUGGCCAACGCCACCGCCAUGAUCGCCAACACCGACCCGGCCGCCAAGGAGUACAAGAGCAAGAUGAGUCGCCUGGAGCACUACAUGGGCUUCAUGAAGCUGCCGCCCGAGCUGCAGCUGCGCAUCAGCAACUACUACCAGGCUCGCUACGGCGGAAAGUGGUUUGACGAGAAGGACGUGAUGGACACGGUGUCGUCGGCACUCAAAGAGCAAAUCCUGACGGUCAUGUGCAGCCGGCUGCUGAGAAAAGCGCCGUUGUUCCAGAACACCACCGACAACUUCCUCAGCUCCGUCCUGCCCAAGCUGGAGUAUGAGGUGUUCCAGGAGGGCGACGUCAUCGUCCACCAGAACAUGCCGGGCGACCGCAUGUUCUUCAUCGACCACGGACAGGUCCUCAUCGAGACCGACUCCGACGACAGGGAAUUGUGCGACGGAGACUUUUUUGGAGAGACAUGCGUGCUGACCAAAGGCAAACAUCUGGCCACGGUGAAGGCGCUGACCGACUGCCAGUGCUUCACCCUGUCCUGUGACGACUUCCGGGAGGUGCUGGAGGGCUUCCCAGAUGUCAAGAGGGAGGUGGAAAAAAUGGUUCCGCUCAACUGCGAUGACGGACUUGUGUAAGACCAAAAAACAAUACUACAUUUUUUAGUUUUUUUUUUUAUCUGCGGGACAGUAAGGCUGAUUGUUGACACGAGUGGGACACUGGUGAGACGGACAGUCGUUGAGCGCUGACUCUUAUUUUCCUGAUCCGUCAGCUUUCAGCUACAAACGAUGACCAGUGAAGAUCCAGCGAGCGUUAAAGGGACCUUCUGUUUUUAUAUAGCUCGUAAUUUAAGGCCACGGUUCCUAUCGACGAAAAUAAUAUUGUACUCACAAUUAACUGCCAAGAUCUGGGAACGCCUUUAACAUUUCUCAAACAAGAAAUAAGAUUGGACAGCAAGAAACACGGGCAGUCAGACGAUCGUAGGGUUUAAAUUAUUCAAUUUAAACAACCCCCUCCAGUCACCUUUUAAAGUAUAUAAAAAUAAUCUGCUAUGCCUAAUAUUUAGUUUAACAUUGUUUACCCCCCCAAAAAAAGGUUUUAAAAAACCCUUUGAAAUGGGGCUGGAAACCAUCCACUGAGAUUAUGAAUAUUCAUGAUAUGCAAAUAACACAGGCCCCGCCCACCACAGCUGCUUAUGCUAGGUUCACUGGCAGUGGAAGAAUAUUGCGCAACAAGAUGUCUAGUGGCAACGUCGGCGAGAUUCAGCCAACAACCUUUCACCAGCUGCUAAUGCUAACGCUAACUGUCUGCUGACGCACCUGCUGUCCUCCCGUGGAUGCUAACUGCUAACGCUAACUGUCUGCCGACGCACCUGCC